AUGGACGACGGUAGCAGCAGCAGCCGCGGCAGCGGUCCGGCAGCCGGCCGGGAUCCGGAAGGGGAGCAGCGGCCCGAGGGGGAGCCCUUGGCCCCAGAUGGCUGUUCCCCAGACAGGUCCCAGACCAAGGCUGUGGCCCCUGAGGCAAGUCCAGAGAGAAGCUGCUCCCUCCACAGCUGCCGCUUUGAGGACCCUUUCAGUUCUUCGGGACCCCCACCAACAACUUCCACUCUCCAGCCUGUGGGUCUGUCCAGCCCCUUGGCUCCUGUGCACUUCACCUAUCCCCGGGCACCACAGGAAUACCAGGGGGGCAGUUCCCUGCUAGGACUUGGGGACCGGGCAGCUCUGUGUUCCCAUGGCUCCAGCCUCAGCCCAUCCCCAGCCCCCUCACAGCGUGAUGGGGCCUGGAAGCCACCCUCUGUGCAGCACCAUGUGGUCAGCGUCAGGCAGGAACAAGCCUUCCAAAUGCCAAAGAGCUAUUCCCAGCUGAUUGCUGAGAGACCAGUGGCUGUGCUACUGCUGUGUCUGGCUGUCGUCCUCCUCUGCACCCUGGCUGGACUGUUGGGGGGCCAGCUGCCCGACUUCUCCGAGCCUUUGCUGGGCUUUGAGCCUCGGGACACGGACAUUGGGCGCAAGCUAGUGGUCUGGAGAGUACUGCAGGCCCUCACAGGCCCCAGGAAGCUGCUUUUCCUUUCCCCAGACCCCAGGGAGCUGAACAGCUCGACCUCCCACACCGCUCUGAGCCCUGCACCCUGGGGCAGCGCCCAGGAGGGCGUUGUUCAGCCUCGGAGGAUGGUGGAGUUCCUGGAGAACAGAGGGCAGGAGAGCUUCUUCUGUGGCCCCCCCGAGAAGAGCUAUGCACAGCUGGUGUUCAUGUCCACUUCAGAGGGCAGCCUGUGGAACGUGCACGCCAUCCAUUCCAUGUGUCGCAUGGAACAGGACCAGAUCCGCUCCCAUACCCAUUUUGGGGCCCUGUGCCAGCGUACAGCAGCCAACGAGUGCUGCCCCAGCUGGUCCAUGGGCAAUUAUGUGGCUGUGCUCUCCAACCGCUCCUCCUGCCUGGACACUACCCAAGCUGAUGCAGCCCGCAUACUGACCCUGCUUCGGGCUUGUGCCCCCUACUACCACCGUGGUGCCCUGGUGCCCUCUUGUCUGGGACCCAGGCAGGACAAGCCCCCACACUGUGCCCAGAUUCCCACCAAAUGCUCCUGGAGUAGUGCCAUCUACCAACUCCUGCACUUUUUGCUGGACAAGGACUUUCUGAGUCCCCAGACUGCUGACUACCAGGUGCCCUCCCUCAAGUACAGCCUUCUCUUCCUGCCCACCCCAAAGGGUGCCUCUAUGAUGGACAUCUACCUGGACCGCUUAGCCGUCCCUUGGGGGCUCUCGAACAACUAUACAUCCGUCGCCGGCAUGGACCUGGGCCUCAAGCAGGAGCUGCUGAGACACUACCUGGCCCAGGAUACGGUGUACCCCUUGUUGGCCCUGGCUGCCAUCUUCCUGAGCAUCGCCCUCUACCUGCGCUCACUCUUCCUGGCGCUCAUGGUCUUGCUGGGGGUGCUGGGCUCCCUGCUGGUUGCCUUCUUUCUUUACCGCGUGGCCUUCCGCGUGGCCUACUUCCCCUUCGUCAAUCUGGCGGCCCUCAUCCUGCUCAGCAGCGUCAGUACCAACCACACGCUCAUCUUCUUCGACCUAUGGCGCCUCAGCAAGAGCCAGCUGCCCUCUGGGGGACUGGCGCAGCGCGUGGCUCGCACCAUGCACCACUUCGGCUACCUGCUGCUAGUCUCCGGCCUCACCACGGGCGUGGCCUUCUACGCCAGCUACCUGAGCCGCCUGCCAGCCGUGCGCUGCUUCGCGCUGUACAUGGGUACGGCUGUGCUGGUGCACAUGGCGCUGACGCUGGCCUGGCUGCCCGCGUCCGCGGUGCUCCACGAGCGCUUCCUGGCGCGCGGCUGUGCGCCCCCGGCGCAGGGCCCAUGGGGCUGCAGCGCGCCCCGGCGGCUGGCGCUGGCGCUGCACCGGCGGCUCCGCGGCCUGCGGAGGGCCGCCGCCGGCGCUUCUCGUCUGCUCUUCCAGCGCCUGCUGCCCUGUGGCGUCAUCAAGUUCCGCUACAUCUGGAUCUGCUGGUUCGCAGCGCUGGCAGCUGGAGGCGCCUACAUCGCCGGCGUCAGCCCCCGCCUGGGGCUGCCCGAGCUGCCGCCGUCUGGCGGCCAGGUCUUCCGGCCUAGCCACCCCUUCGAGCGCUUCGACGCAGAGUACCGCCAGCAGUUCCUGUUCGAGCGGCUGCCUCAGGGGGAGGGCGGCCACAUGCCUGUGGUUUUGGUGUGGGGAAUCCUGCCUGUGGAUACUAGCGACCCCUUGGAUCCUCGCAGCAACAGCUCACUGGUGAGCGACCCUGGCUUCUCGGCCAGCAGCUCCGAGGCCCAGCGCUGGCUGCUGGCACUCUGCCAUAGAGCCCGGAAUCAGAGCUUCUUCGGCACCCAGCCAGAGGGCUGGUCCACCCUGUGCUUUGUGGAGGCCCUCCAGCGCUGGAUGGAGAGCCCCAACUGCGCCCGCCUGGGUCCUGACCUCUGCUGUGGCCGCUCAGGCUUCCCUUGGGCCCCCCAGCUUUUCCUGCACUGCCUCAAGAUGAUGGCUCUGGAGCAAGGCCUCCAUGGCACCCGUGACCUGGGGCCCCGCUUUGAUGCCCACGGCAGCCUGGUUGCCCUGGUCCUGCAGUUCCAGACCAACUUCCAGUACAGUCCAGACUACGGGCAGACCCACCAAUUCUACACUGAGGUCAGCCACUGGCUGGCAGUGGAGCUGGGCAUGGCACCUCCAGGCCUCCGCCACGGUUGGUUCACAAGCCGUCUGGAGCUGUACAGCCUGCAGCACAGCCUGAGCACUGAGCCUGCUGUGGUGCUGGGUCUAGCCUUGGCACUGGCCUUUGCCACACUACUGCUGGGCACCUGGAAUGUUCCACUCAGCCUGUUCUCUGUGGCAGCAGUGGCAGGCACUGUCCUGCUCACUGCAGGACUCCUGGUUCUCCUCGAGUGGCAGCUCAAUACUGCUGAGACCCUCUUUCUCUCUGCCUCUGUGGGCCUUUCAGUAGACUUCACUAUCAACUACUGCAUCUCCUAUCACCUGUGCCCACAUCCUGACCGCCUGAGCCGCGUGGCCUUCUCACUGCGCCAGACCAGCUGUGCCACGGCAGUGGGGGCUGCAUCCCUGUUUGCAGCUGGUGUGCUCAUGCUGCCUGCCACAGUUCUGCUCUAUCGCAAGCUGGGCAUCGUCCUCAUGAUGGUCAAGUGCGUCAGCUGUGGCUUUGCCAGCUUCUUCUUCCAAUCUCUAUGCUGUUUCUUUGGGCCAGAGAAGAACUGUGGACAGAUCCUCUGGCCCUGUGCCCACCUGCCAUGGGACACCGGAACUGGGGAGCCCGGUAGGGAGAAGGCAGGCCAUCCGCGACCAGGGCCAGGAGGAGGGGCACCUGGGUCCUGCUCAGAGCACUAUGAGCUACAGCCCUUGGCACGGCGCCGAAGCCCCAGCUUUGACACCAGCACAGCCACCAGCAAGCUGUCCCACCGGCCCUCAGUACUCUCUGAAGAUCUGCAGCUGCAUGAUGGCCCCUGCUGCUCCCGACCCCCACCAGCCCCUGCUUCCCCAAGGGAGCUGCUCCUAGACCACCAAGCAGUUUUCAGCCAGUGCCCAGCCCUGCAAACCUCCUCCCCCUAUAAGCAGGCUGACCCCAGCCCCAAAACCCAGGCCAGGCAGGACUCCCAAGGGCAGAAGGUUGAGCCCCCGCAGGCCUCACCAGAAGCCCCAGCCCACUCCCCUAAGUCCAAGGCUGCAGAGCCUCCAAAUGGCCUCUGCUCCUCAGCCAGCACCUUGGAGGGCCUCAGUGUCUCUGAUGAGACCUGCCUAAGCACCUCUGAGCCCAGUGCCCAUGUACCAGAUUCCGUGGGUGCCUCCCCAGAGGACCUGGAUGACACUGGCCAGCCACUACCUGAACGGGGCCAGCUGAAUGAGAAGCGGGACACCCUAUGGCUGGCACUGAGGGAGACAGUGUAUGACCCAUCACUGCCUGCCUCCCACCAGAGCAGCUUGUCUUGGAAGGGCCGCGGAGGGCUGGGGGACGGCAGCCCUGUGGUGCUGCCCAACAGCCAGCCAGAUCUGCCAGACGUUUGGCUGCGCAGGCCCAGCACCCACACCUCAGGCUACAGCAGCUGAAGGCGGCCUGGUGAGGCCGGACUGGGGCACAGAGCCCUGUGGGGGAUGAGUGGAGACUGAAGGCAUUUCUCCAAAUCGAGAUGGAGAGUUCUCACCCUCCAACUGUGGAUUUUAAACCAUGCUAGAUGUUCCAGCCUUGCUCCGGCUGCUGCUUACUCCUCACAUCUGGAGGAUUCCAUGGGGAGGGUUUUGGGAGGGGAACACCAGGCUCUCCCUGUAUCCUGCUGAGGGCUCGUCUGCUGCCCAGCACCAACAAGGACCCAUCCUCUGGAAAGGAAGAAGGCCAGAUGUAACCUUAGGGGAGACUGACCUGGCCCCCAUCCCAAGUGGCAAGAAGUUCAGUAAGACUAAGGGACCCCAUCCUUGGGACCCUGGUGGGGCACCUCACUGACUAGAAGAGCCCACAGGCACCUCCGCAGCCUCCUGAGUCCCACCCCUUUCAUGGGCUCUUCAUCAGGACACUUCCCUCUCUUUGAGAAGUGUCUCUAGGCCAGAAUUUGGCUGGGGCCUCUGUCCCGAACUGCCCUGCUCUCCUCACACUCACCAGUCUGUCCAGAAAUUCUCCAAUACCAGGCAGAGAUGGCUUCUGUGAGUGAAGCAGAAGGAGGAUGGCCAGCCUUGGAGCCUCCCUAAUUUCAAGACAGUCCCUCGCUGGAAGUAGGCUCUGGUGCUUUUCCCUUAAUAAA